UUUACCCUUCCUCCUCCCCAGUCCUCCUUCUCCUUGCCCUAUUUUGCGGAUAUAUAAAAGGCGACGCUGAACGCCUAACCCUAGUUCUUCCUCUUCAAGCCGACCGCCUCAGAUUGUCAGGCCGCCAAAAGGAAAUGGCUCCGAAGCAGCCAAACACUGGCCUCUUCGUGGGCCUUAACAAGGGCCACAUCGUGACCAAGAAGGAACUUGCUCCGCGUCCUAGUGAUCGUAAGGGAAAAACCAGCAAGAGGGUCCAUUUUGUGAGGAACUUGAUCAGGGAAGUUGCUGGAUUUGCACCAUAUGAGAAAAGGAUCACUGAGCUUCUGAAAGUUGGAAAGGAUAAGCGUGCUCUGAAGGUGGCUAAAAGAAAGCUGGGCACCCACAAGAGGGCAAAGAAGAAGCGCGAGGAGAUGUCUAACGUCCUCCGCAAGAUGAGGUCUGCUGGAGGUGGUGAAAAGAAGAAAUGAGGGAUAGUUUGAAACUAAUGAGGGAUAGUUUGAAACUAGUCUUUUGAAGGGAUUUUCUUGUUCAAUUACAAUCUGAAUAGUCCGCCAGCAGUUUAGAAAUUUUCCUUGAUCGAGACUCUUGAAUCUGGGAAGACCCGAAUUCCUGUACUUCCAAGAAUGUCAUUUUUGCCAUGAUAAUGUUUCUCAUA